AUGCUGAAUGGAAAAAUUUACGUUGUGACAUCAAUUGACUUGGUCAAUGCUGUCAAUCGUAAUUCAAAAGUCCUGGCUUUCAACCCUUUUAUCGCCCAGCUUGGAAAACGUAUUACUGGUCACAAUGACGCUACGAGCCGAGUAGUUCAGCACAAUCUUAACGGUGAAGAUGGACCAGGUUACGUUACUGAGAUUCAUGAUUCGACGGUAACAAGUCUAGCUCCCGGGAUAAACCUCGAGAGCAUGACAGCAGAAAUGCUUUUGCAGGCGUCGGUCCAAUUUGACAAGCUUGAUCCUGGCGGAGAGGUAGACUUGUUCGCUUGGAUAAAACACAUGGUCACCUUGGAGUUUAAUCAAGACCUCAAUACACUUAUUGUGGACAUUCUGCCUACCGUCUUCGCACCAAAAGGUCAUCAAGCUCGCAGGAAACUCGGGCUUGCCUUCCAACGAUAUUUCGAGAAGUAUGAUGCAAAGCAUGCAAAGGGUGCUGCAUUAAUUCAAUCAAGACAUUCUCUAAAUACCCGCUAUGGCUUAGAUGCUUGGAACUCUAGCCGCUUGGAAGUAGGAGUGCUGCUUGGUAUCUUGGCAAACACUGUCCCUGCUAUCUUCUAUAUGAUCGUGCACGUCCUAUCAAACCCCAAUCUCCUGCGCGAUAUACGUAUGGAAUUGGAUAUGAUAGCAGUAUCACUCGGAGGCGACAGGACCCGCUGUCUAAAUAUUCUCACCAUGCGAGAGAGAUGUACGCUCCUGCACUCGACGUUACAAGAGGUGCUACGACUUCAUGCGCUGGGGUCCAGCGUUCGCUACGUGCGUGAGGAUAUUGUGCUGCAAGACCAGUAUCUGUUAAAGAAGGGCAUGAUUGUACAAAUGCCAAUGGCUGUCACGCAUUUAGAUCCUCAAAUUUGGGGUAGCGAUGCUGAAAGUUUCCAGCCGCGGAGGUUCCUUAAGCUGCCAAAAAGUAAGGAGUUCAAGACGAACACUACUGCCUACCGUCCGUUCGGUGGUGGAGCAUCGCUUUGCCCGGGCCGACAUUUUGUUACACUAGAAGCUAUGGCGCUGACUGCUUUGUUUGUGUUGAGGUAUGAUGUCGUGCCAGUGGAUGGGCCUUGGGAGAUUCCAAGGCAGAAACAAGAGAGUAUGGCGACGAAUAUUUUUCCACCAGAAAAGGAUGUUCGGGUCAUGGUCAAGCGAAGGAAAGGGUAUGAGCAUGUCGUAUGGGAUUUCACUAUGGAAUAG